GGAAAGGGGUGAAACCCUAAGUCUGCUGGAAUCCUCGAAGGCUUCAACCCUAGCCUGUAACUCCUGGUGUGCUGCAAGCCAACUUGGAAAUUGCUCGGCGGAUCCCGGUACGACCUUCCUUUGCAGUCGUUUCAUCGGACGUGCGCAUUGCCUCGUCGUGGAAAAGCGCAACGAGAGCAGUUUGUCGCUCAGAGACCCUCAACAGGCAUGCCCGACUUCUUUUCACUGGCGUGAGCUGAGUGAUGCUUUCGAAGAUGCAUCGCUGCUCCAAUUCCGCGGGGCGGACAGCAUGACCUCGUGCGCGCCGACCCCGCAAGGACCUAUGCCUCCUUUAGUGCCAAACCAGUGUCAAGCCGAGACCAUGGCAGAGUCCAAUUUCUGCAGCGUAAAGGCACCAUCACCGAAAAAGAGGAGUGCCUGCAAUUCACUGGCGCUGGAACGCUGAAUGUUGGAAACUGUAAGAGGAAUUCAAGCUUCACCCAAGAGUCGCUGUUGCAGUCCCUGCGUGCGCAGAAACUGUUCCAGGGAAUGGAUGUCUUUGAUCAUCCCAUUGAACUUCCCUUCCCGGAGGCGAAUUUGACCGCAAGAGGGUCAUCUUCUGUGGCGGCAGAGAACGACGCCGAGAGAAUGUACCGUGCAUGCUUUUUCUUCUCCAUCCAGAAUUUCAGCCUUUCGGACCCCACCAUCGAUUGGUCAGAGCCUCGAAAGCUUCUCCAGGGAUGCGGUAUCUCACCUAUAAGCCAGUUUUUUCCGAACAUCGAUGACGGCGAUCGGCCGAGUCGCCAUGUGACGCCAGUAGUGCCGGUGAACUACUUCAUGUACGCAGCUCGUUGCGUUUGCAUUUGGAUGGUCAGGGACCCAGAGCCGAAGCGAUCUUUUUUCGGGGGCUCAACCACCAACCAGGGCUGCAAUGAUGCAUUGGUGCUUUGA